CUUCCGGGGCGGGGCGGAGGGGGUGCGCUGGUGCUGCUUUCCCGGUUCCCCGCGGCCCGCCUCAGGCCGCGCUGCCCUCGCCCGCCGCCCCAGCGCCCGCCGCCCUCCCCCCGCUCCCCCUAGCGUCAGGGGCUACGGGGAGGGUCCUGCUGGCCGCGGCGAGGGCCGGGCCUGCCUUACCCCCGGGCCGGGCCGCUCUCUCCUCCGGAGCGUGUCGCUGCCUGGCGCCCCCGGGAUUCCCUGCCCGCCCUCUGCCCCAGCGUCGGGUGCGAUAGCGGCUGCCGCACGCCGGGAGCGAGCGCGACCGGAGCCGCCGGGCGAGAGAGACAUGGCUGAAAGCCUUUGCUGGGAGCUCGGUGUGUGCACGGGUUAAGACGUGCGGGGCCAGCUGAAAACGGUCGCUGGUGACUUUCACUCGGAGGGAGCGGUCGGAAAGCAGCGCCAUGGAUGACUUCCCCUCCAUCUGCCUGCUGUCCCUGGCCAUGCUGGUCGCCUGCUAUGUGGCAGGAAUUAUCCCCCUGGCAGUUAAUUUUUCCGAGGAGAAGCUAAAGCUCGUGACUGUUCUGGGUGCUGGGCUGCUCUGUGGAACUGCUUUGGCUGUCAUUGUGCCGGAAGGAGUACAUGCACUUUAUGAAGACAUUUUGGAGGGGAAGCAUCACCCCGCAAGCGAGAUGCAGCGCGUGGCUCAGUCCGAGCAGGUGGCGGAAAUCCCGGCUGUGCACGAGCAUGGCCACGACCACACCAGGCUGCACGCCUACAUUGGGGUGUCCCUUGUCCUUGGCUUUGUCUUCAUGCUCUUGGUGGAUCAGAUUGGCAGCUCUCACGUGCACUCUACAGAUGAUCCAGAAGCUGCAAGAUCGGGGAACUCCAAAAUCACCACAACACUGGGACUAGUAGUCCAUGCUGCAGCUGAUGGUGUUGCAUUGGGUGCAGCAGCUUCUACUUCCCAGACUAGUGUCCAGUUGAUAGUGUUUGUGGCGAUUAUGUUGCAUAAGGCACCAGCUGCCUUUGGCCUGGUUUCCUUCCUGAUGCACGCUGGGCUGGAGCGGAAUCGGAUCCGAAAACACUUGCUGGUCUUUGCAUUGGCAGCGCCUGUUAUGUCAAUGGUGACAUACUUGGGGCUAAGCAAGAGCAGCAAAGAAGCCCUGUCAGAAGUCAACGCCACCGGAGUUGCUAUGCUGUUUUCUGCUGGGACUUUUCUUUAUGUUGCCACAGUUCAUGUCCUCCCAGAAGUAGGAGGAAUUGCUCAUAGCCACAAACCUGAAUCAUCUGGAGGAAAAGGACUCAGUCGUCUGGAGGUGGCAGCCCUAGUAUUAGGAUGCCUUAUCCCUCUAGUUUUGUCUAUUGGACACCAUCACUAAAAGCUCCGAUUUCCCUGUUCUCCUCCUCGACCUGACGCGAGCAGUAAACGUUGGCUGCUCUCGUUAUCAUUGUCUCUUACCCAUCAUCCAUCCCAUCCACUUACGGAGUUCAGAGGGAACCUUGAUUGCAAAAGGAGGAAGUCUUUAGUGUAGCAAAAUGUACUUUGGCAGCCAGACAUAAAUUCUGUGUAACUUUCUUUUCUGAAGACAUUUGCUGUUGUAACUGUUACUUCUGGCCCUAUUCUCAGGGAAGAUGGAACUUGGAGCUUGAGAAAGGUGAUCUGUGAAGAACACAGCGACUCAUCACGAAAUUGCAAUCACCAAAGUAUCCUGCAGUUCUCAGCUUUCACAGCUGAGAGCAAAAACAAAGGAUGGUUGCCCUGGGAGAGGUUGAAGUCUUACUAAUGAAGAAGGGGGUUCUCCCCACAAUGGUUCCGUGUUGUCCUGACAGAGCAACUGGUCCUCGUGGUGUUUGUCACUGAUUUACAUUGCAAAAAUAUGCCAGGCUUGCAACUCUGGACAACACUGCUGUUGUCACAGAAGGGUCACUGAAGGAAAGAAGUGACGUAGGCAAAGCGUAGGGUUAGAGUAGGAAAUGAGCUGCUUUCAGCACAGGUGAAUUUUGCCAUGUAUUCCAUUGUUUAAAAGGGAGGAUGGAAGCGAGGAGAACGGCAGUGCUCUGAUCGCUUAUACAACUGUUAAUCAUGUUUUCAAAGGCGGUUAUUUCUGGGGAGGUGAUCUUCUGCCAAGGCAGUGAAGUGCAGGCACCAAAGCCGUUGGCAGGAAUUUAGGAGCUGGGUCUGUGAUGGCACUGCUGCUGGUGUGGAGAGAAACACCCACAGUUCCUUUCGAAAUCAAGUUGUUCUGGGCUCUGAGGAGUAGAACUCUCCUGGAGACAGCUGCUGAGGGACCAGGGAAGUUUACUAGCUUAUUUUCACAAGUCUGAACUGCUGAAAUGGGUGGGAGCUGUGGGGUUGUUAUUGUUCUGUUCAGUAGGUAUUGAGGCUAACAAAACCAGACGUUUACUUAAAUAUUUAUGCUGCAGAUAGAGUACAAAGUAUCUAAAGCAGUUCUGGACAAAAAAACCCAAACCAAAAAACCCCCAGACUGGUGGGUCCUGAGCUGUUCAGUGUUUUGCUUUGCCUUUGGGAAUUGUGCAUUUGCCUCUUACUGAUAAGCAUGAAUUUUGGUGAAGUCUACUGGAGGACUAACUGCCAGCUGCUGAUGCCUCUCCCUGCAGAAGAGUGCUAAGAGAUCCCUCCCUUCCCAAAGCACAGCCUUUCUUGUCAGGCACCAUUUCUCUUAUGCAAACCAUGUUGUACUCUUCAUGACUGUAGUGCAUUGGCAAGUGAGGAACGCCUGCCAUGCACAGACUCAGCAUCACGUCCUUUCUGUAGGGGAGAACUUUUUAAUGCCUACCCUUUUUAAGCUGUACUCUGUCUGCACUUUCUAAAGAUAACAUUGCCAAAUACUUUUUUUUUCUUUUGAUGAUUUCUAUUUGUUUGAAAUGAAUUUUCAAGGCUUGAAAUAACUUCUUAACUGAAGUGCUUCUUGUUUCCAUUUGAAUGAGUGUGUCUGUUUCAUGCCCUUUGUUACUAUACUGCACAGGCCGCUGUCCUACUCGUCUGCUACUUCAGUAUUGGGUAUAGCCUGGCUCUUGGACUAGUGGCUGCUUUGCCUGUUGACUUUGUAAGGAUAAUGGUGUAUCCCAGGCCUGGACCUUGUGCUGAUUCCCAGAAGUGCUUGUUCAUUUCUGUGUUUACUCUGCAAAAUCAAUACAAAACUAUGAGAAACGGUGUUUUCCCACAGGACAAUGCUUUCAGGUGGGGUUAGCGUGUCAAGCCUAAGCAAGCAGCUUUUUUGAAUUAGACCUUCAAAAGUUAGUUCUGUUCUGAAAAGCAGCUGCAGAAUUAGUGACCUGGAGGAGAUCCUGUCUUGCACAUCCUUAAACGAUUUUAAUGACAUACAUCUGCAACUAGUAAGUUACCCGCUGAAAUACUGCUGUGAUACAGGUUACUCCCACACAAGGAUGAUACACAGGGAUGUUCUCUCCACAUCUCCCAGUGUUCUUCCUGCUUUCCCCCUACUUACCUUCUUCCUCGAUAGUCCCGCUAUUUUACCUUGCUUCAUGUUUCCACGUGUUUGCAAAAGCUGGGGCACGUGCAGGAUCUGCAGCAGAAGCAAGGGAUAGCUCGGUGCAGCACCAGCUGUUACAUGUUGUAAAACAUGUCAGUUAUUCUCUCUAUAAACUGUCCUCUGUCACUUGCAGGUGCACCUCACCCCACUAGCUGAGCUGGCAUCCUGACUGGCUUCCUCUUCAGCCUCCUGGUGUAGAACAAUCACAGGGGUUUAGGGAGGUGUGUAGGAAAGGUCCCUUCCAUGCCUUUUGUUCAGUGUUGGCAGUGUUGAGACAUCAGCAUUCAGUCUGGAUCCCCCUGUGUGGAUGAGGAUGUGGCAGGCAGCCUCGCCAUGGCUGGGGUGUGAACCGUGGUGUGGGAAUGAUUCAGGAACUAUAGAGGCCAAGUUACAGCAGCAGGUGAGCAAUUCUAAAUGAAAGCAUUGGCACAAAAUUCUCACAACACAUACUUUCAAUUUUGGCACCUGGGUAAUAACAAAAGACUUCUGUGACUUUUGUUAACUUGUUUCCUACCCACUUAGCAGCAGCAGCAGCAAUUUCUUUUGGCUGCCUCCGUUAUUUCUGUGUUGAACUAUGAUUUUCAAUUGUGUAGCCAAAACUGCAGUGAAUAAGGAAGCUUUUGGUUAUGUGAUAAGUAGAACAUCAAGUUUUACAUGCCCAAAUGUGUCCCAAUUGUCAGUUCCACAUGGAGCAUUGUUUUCUUGGAGCAGAGUAUUUUAGUGUGUUAAAUAAAAUGGUCCACAUUGUCACAGCCCCCUUUUUACCUCUCUGCCCAUCUGUCACAGUAAAUCCAAGCACUGUACGUAGUCAGGGCCAUCUGGUAUCAUUUUCUGUUCCUCUGGGGACCUUGGUACAAAUUCCUCUUACUCUCUGUAGUAGCAAUCUCUGCCUCUGUUUUCUCCUGUGAGGUGGGUGGCAGCAGGUUCAGGCAGGUGGCAGGCAUGUCCCCCCUUCCUUCCGUAAGUCCCCCUAGGAAGUCUUCUCAUCAGCUGUUUUUCUCAGUUAAUAAUUUCUCAGUUGGUGAUAGGAAUUGGACUAAAGCUGUUUCUGUUGAUCCCAGAGUGUUCAGGUACUUUCCCUCUUGUUCUAGUUCUUUUGCUGUUCCUACAUAAAGGAGGGAUAAACCUCUUGUGUAACACCUGGUAACAGAUGCAGGAGCUGCACUAACACGAGCUGAAGUGACUGAAGCAGAGCUUGUCCCACUGGGGAAAACUACUGUCUCUUCAGGAACUGGUUCAAAGCCUUCAGGAGCUUUUGGCAGCGGCAGAUGUGGUCUGUGUGGCAGCAGGUAUAUGCAGAGUGAGAGAGAUGCUGCCCUCUGUUCCUGAGAGAGUUGCUGCUGCCUCCUUCCCGUGCUUGGGAAGGAGAGGAGGGAGGUGUAUCCAUAAUUUGGGAGCGGGAGUGGUUGUGUUACGGUGAUGAGGCUUAUGAUGAAUUUCAGAUUCCUGUUCACCUCAGACUUCUUCUACAAUAAAAUAAGUCUGUUCUUUUAUUCCUUACUGUACUUCUGUUACAUCUCUUAGCAGGCUUGGCUUUCCAGGAGAAGACAGUGUGUGGUCAUUGCUGUUUACCUGACUCCAUGUACGGAACUGUAAUUUUAAUGUCUCUUUCCCAAACCCUUUGUACACACAAUCAUUCCAUGAAUGGCUGCCUUAUCAUUUUUCCACUUUAAUUGUGAAUGGUUAAAAAUAAUGUUGCCAUUUCCAAUGUGUUUUAUUAUAUUAAAUUUUUACUAGGUGCAGUG